AUGGAUCUCCCUCCUGGUAUUCAUGUAACCUCUAAGGAAGGUGUUGUGUGUAAGCUGCGGAAGUCUUUAUAUGGAUUGAAGCAGUCUCCAAGAGCGUGGUUUGGGAGAUUUGCAGCAUCUAUGAAUAAAUUUGGGUAUGUGCAGAGUAACUCAGACCAUACUUUGUUUCUAAAGUGUCAUAAAGAGAUUGGAAUGUUAGAUUGUAAACCAAUUGAUACCCUUAGUGAACAGAAUCAUAAGUUGGAGUUGUAUCCUAAUCAAGUCCCUACAGAUAAAGAGCGUUAUCAACGACUUGUGGGAAAAUUGAUUUAUUUAUCUCAUACACGUCCUGAUAUUGCAUAUUCAGUGAGUGUAGUGAGUUAA